CAUGUCAACGGCAUUGCACAGGCUGCAACGAUGAAUUUGACAGAUGGGCCAUCAUGAUGAACGGUAAGUUGUCGUUCAUGAUCAUAUUGGGUCGCCGCCGCUAUCACCCAACCACCAUCAUUGGUGCAUCACCUUUAAGUCAUGGUUUCAGAUUCAGAAUCCCCUUCCUCCCAAUUCAUGAAUAUCGUAAGGCACCAGGAUUCCAUGGAGAUGGGCUGAGAUUAAUGAAAGGCAGAUAGCUCGCGGGUAUGCUAAUCGACCGUGUUGAUAGGAGGACGUGAGGAUGUCUCCUUUGGAGCUGAUGGCAUUGGAUUUUUUUGUAUCGUAUUAACCGAGAUUGGGGGGCAGCUAUCUUGAACCAGCUGCUUCAAGUGUACGCGCUGCAUACUAUACAUGCAUGCUACAGUCUGAGCGGU